AUGCAGCACUACGGGGUGAACGGCUACUCUCUCCACGCCAUGAAUUCACUGAGCGCCAUGUACAACCUACACCAGCAGGCGGCGCAACAGGCCCAGCACGCCCCUGACUACCGGCCCUCAGUGCACGCCCUCACUCUUGCAGAGAGACUAGCUGACAUUAUCCUUGAGGCCCGGUAUGGCUCUCAGCACCGAAAGCAGCGGCGCAGUCGGACGGCCUUCACCGCCCAGCAGCUGGAGGCCCUGGAGAAAACUUUCCAGAAGACCCACUACCCCGAUGUGGUGAUGCGAGAGCGUCUGGCCAUGUGCACCAACCUGCCCGAGGCCCGCGUUCAGGUCUGGUUCAAGAACCGUCGGGCCAAGUUUCGCAAGAAGCAGCGCAGCCUGCAGAAGGAGCAGCUCCAGAAACAGAAGGAGGCGUCCGGAGCUGCGGAGGGCUCUACAGAGGACUCCAAGACUGACCUCAACACCACAACCAACACCAACACCACCACCACCACCACCACCCAAGUUCCCGAGGCCCGCACUCCUCCCCCUCCUUCCUCCUCCUCAUCCUGUCACUCAGAGACAGAGAGGCAGGCGGCCACGCGGCCCCAGCCCGGAGAGAUGAGCGUGGAAGUCAACGUCAUCCCCGAGCCUUCGGACAGCGAGUCAGCAGCGGAGGAUAAUGCUGACAGAGAGGAGGACGAGAUGAGAGGGGAGACCGGGGUGAAGAGCAGGGAGGAGACGCAUGGGGAGGGGGGAGCGCAGCCUGGGAGCAGCUCCCCAUCCUGCAAACAGCUGAGCCCCACAUCAGACUCCCCCCUGAGCUCCCCCACCAUGCCGUCCUCCAGCAGCGUGACCGGCGGUUUGACGCAGAGCAACUCCUACGCGUCGUCUCCUCUCAGCCUCUUCCGGCUGCAGGAGCAGUUUCGCCAGCACAUGGCGGCCACCAACAACAUGGUGCACUACCCGUCCUUUGAAAUGAGCCCGCCGUCCUCUCUGCCCUACCUGGGCAUGAACGUCAACAUGCCGUCCCCGCUGAGCUCGCUGCCCUGCCAGUCCUACUACCAGACCCUGUCGCAGGCCCAGCAGGUGUGGAACAGCCCGCUGCUGCAGGCGGCUCCAGGCGGCCUCCCCGGAAGCCUCAACAGCAAGACCACCAGCAUAGAGAACCUCCGUCUGAGGGCCAAGCAGCACGCAGCCUCGCUGGGAUUGGACACGCUCCCCAACUGA